AUGCGCAAUAAGGAGUGUGCAUCGCAUGCUAGCAUCACGCCGGAGAUCAUGUCCACUGAGCGUCUCUCAACCUGGGUGAAGGCAUACGAUUCGGAGAGCGGCAGGACGCUGCGGUGUGAGGUCUUCCUGGAUACGGUGCACAACAUCAGCAUCUCCACCACUACCCACACGAUGUAUCGCGCUGCCGUGGAGGAGCUCUCCAUCGAUGCAUUUGAUGCCUCGAAUAACCACUUCACGUCGGUCGAGGGUUUCCGCUUCGACUGGACGCUCACUCCCUCGCCCAGCCACGUCCUUCAGAUCGUCCCGUUCAAGGGUGCAGCGGUGGAUGUCAGGAACGUCGUCCUGGAGAUGGAGGAGAAGAAUCUCAGAACAAGCAGGGUACUGGUGAAGGGUAUCGACUUUGGUAAGGUCACCGUCACUGCCAGCCUCAGCGAGGCGGGCUACGGGCGUAUCUCUGAUACGGUAGAACUGUCUGUGCUGGAGCCCCUUCAGCUUUCGCCCAAGCUUCCCAUCUUCAUCGCGCCGGGUGCCGAGUAUAGAUACGUUCUCCAGAGCUACCCUCGGGAUCGAGACCCAACAGAUAUCGACAUGCCUAACACCAAGUACCAGUGGUCCACGGACAAUGGCAGAGUGGCCACUGUUGACAACCUUGGCACUGUGCGGGGCGUGGACCUUGGCCAAACGAAGAUUCACGUUAGAUAUGAGAACAUCAACGAGGCUACGGGCACCGUCAACGUCGUGGCCCCGUCAAAGCUCGGUCUGAGGCUUUACGCCGAAACGGACAAGCAAGAGAUCAUCUCCACUACCACUUCCUGGUACCUUAUCGCCAACACCACAUAUACGCUGGAGGUCGACGUCUACGAUGCCCACGAUCGUCGCCUGCACAACACCGAGAACAUGGUCUUUGCCGUCACGCUCCCCCGUGAGUAUUUCUCCGUCGAACAGUCGAGCCAAAACAAGGCACAGCACACGAUCCGCGCUCUGAAGGAAGGCAGCACCGUCAUCGGCGCCGAGUUGUCCUCCAUCAAGGCCGCCGGUCGCCAUUCGUUCAAGGUCCCAGCUGUCCGCAAGGACAUAGCGAUCCAGUCGGCCGUGCAGGCGAUCCCCCGCGAGGUCCGCCUGCCUUGGCAUGAAGGCACGCCUCACACGUAUGCGCUCAAGGCCACUGGUGGCAGCGACAAGUAUAUCUGGCUCUCGCUGGACCAGUCCGUCGUAUCUGCCAGCCCCUCUGGCGUGCUCACCGUCCACUCGCUCGGAGAUGCGACCGUCAGGGUUUCGGACAAGAAAAACCCUCUCAACUACGACCACGUCAAGGUGAGCGUGCUUGCUGUUGGCAAGAUCGGCAUUGUGGCGUCCACGGUGGAGGUCCAGGUGGGCUGGCCUCUCGUGCUGCCCGCCGCGGUGUGGGACAACUCGGGUGUUCUGUUCGACAACUGCAGCGCUCUUCCCAUCGAGUGGGAAAGUUCCGAUGCGACCGUGUUCGCAAAGCAGGCGUCUGGAGCUAGCGAUCUGCCUCCGAAUAGCUGCACCGGCCAAGAGUUCUUUGCGCUCGGCGAGGGUCAGUGCACCAUUACCAUCAAGUAUGGCAGGUUCACGAACCAGAUAACUGUUUUCGCCUACCGUCCCCUCAAGGUGGUGUCGCCCGAAAAGGACGCCCUUGUGGCGCUCGGUUCGACGGCGCAGAUUGUUUUCGAGGGCGGCCCCAAGCCGUGGCUGUACGAGCCUACUGCCUUCUACACGAGCGUUGUGCCUUUGGAGCCCGAGAUGGUUAGCGUUCGCGUCACCCCGAACCCGCAAGGGCUCGGAAUUGCGCGCUACAGCUACAGCGUCACCUGUCUGAAGCUCGGCGAUGUCAAGCUUGCGAUCGAAGUGUCCAACAAGCCUACCAGGACCAACCAGCAUCCGGCCUUGGCGAAUGCGACCAUCGAUUUCUCUUGCCAAACGCCUCAGACCGUGUUCGCCUUUGCUGAUUACACGCCUGCGAACCAGACGGACUUCGAGGAGCGCAAGCAGCAGUGUCUGGGCGCCCUCAAGCAGACCCCUCCCUUUGAGAUGGUGGUCGGUGAGGCGAGCAACCUGUUCGAAGAGUUCAUCGUCAAGGGUAACCGCAAGGUCCCGAUCACUGUCGCGAUGAUCAACAAGGACCGGAAGCGGUUCGACGACUUCUCCUCUCUCGUGCUCACCUGGGAAAGCAGCGAUGAGACCCUUGCGUCAUUCCUCCCCUCGUCGAGUGUGAGCACCCGUGUCCUGCACAUCAAGGCUGACUCAGGAGACGUCAACAUCCGAGUUGGCGUUCUGGGAUACAAUGAGCAGGCGCUCAAGGAGGCUUCACCCACGAUUGCGGCUCCGGUGCUCGAUAAGCAGGCUCUUAGUCGCUCGUUCACCCUGAGGAUUAGAUCGAAUGUGGAAGUGAACCCGACCAAUGUGGCCAUCUUCAACGACGACAGCAACACUGUCGAGUUGGUCGCUAGCCGCGGUUCGGGCAUCUACAGCUACACCUCGAACAACACCAAUGCCGCGACCAUUCAUCCCAGCGGAAACGCUUCUCGCGCCAGCAUUUCUCCCAAGCGCCCGGGCAUCGCUAAGGUGACCGUCAGUGACAUUUGCCUCGAGGACUCGACACCCGCGACUUCGAUCGUCACCAUCUCCGAAGUGGGAACGAUCAUUCUCGCCGCCCGCGAUAUGUUGCGCAUCAACGACGAGAUGGAGGUGCAGGUCGAGAUCCGCGAUCAGUCUGGCAAUCAGUUCCCUGUGGAGCAACUCGGACGAAUGGACCUCUCCGCGCAUACCGACAAUGACAUCAUCUCUGUGGAGAAGCGGGACGGUCGCUUCCUCGUCCGCGGAAACGGCCUCGGUAUCGCCAGAAUCACCAUUACCGCGAGGACCAAGAACGGACGCACUAUCACGAGCCAGCCCAAGGCGAUCCACGUCUUCCCCCCUCUGCACAUACGCCCGGAGCGAUUGGUGUUGCUGCCCGGUGGCGCAUACCAGAUCAAGUGGAGCGGCGGCCCUCCCGUGCGCGUUGAGGUGGCGUUCUCUGUGGACAAUACCAGCGUGUGCGAGGUCGAUGCUGCCGGCCGAGUGGUCGCGCGAGAAGUCGGAAGUACCACGCUCGUUGCGUCGGCGCAAGCCACCGACGAGCAGGGCAACCGCCACGACUACGGCUCGACCGUCAUCGAUGUCACUGUGCGCCCGCUUUCAGGCAUCCGCAUUCACAGCAACACGAACCGCCUGAUCGUUGGCACGGAGAUGACCGUUCGCGUGAUUGGUCCCGACGGUGAAACGCCGUUCACCCUGGGAGCUGUCGGCAUCGCCUUCGGCUGGGAGUCAUCCGACCCGAGCGUCGCUGCCAUGGUGCCCAUCUACAAGGAAGCUGGAGUUUCGCUGGAGAAGGAGCAUGGCUUCUCUGUGCGCGUUCAGGCCAAGAAAGCGGGCAUUGCUCGCAUCAGCGUGUCUGCUGAUGGCACCGAGGCCUGGGCGGCGACGCUCCAAGUGGAAGUGGUCGACGGCCUGGUGCUCUUCACGCCGGCGGAGCUGCUGUUGACCCACUCCUCGCGGUUCAACAUUCGGACCAACAAGGACGCCACGGGCAAGCUCCAUUAUCGUCUUCUGAGCGAACAGCCCACGCCCGCCGACUGUCACCAGAUCAUCGCCAUCGGCCACGCCGCUCUCGAGCACAUGACUACCAACACUGCGGUCAACCAGCUCGCCACGAUUGAGGAGAGAGGCGACGGCCUCCUCAUCACGGGCAACUCCUCCGGAGAAGCCUACAUCUUGAUCUCGGACGACUCGGAGCAUCAGUCUGUCGUCGUCAAGGUGGUCGUUAAGCCCGUGCACCAGCUCCAACUGCUCCCGGCCUCUGUCAUCUACGAUCAGCUGCCCGUCGGUGCCCUGAUGGACUUCAACAUCAUUCUGCGAGACAACGAGGGAAGAGCCUUCAGCAGCACCGGCAACUUCGAGUUCAGCUACGACCUCGACGUGAUCAACGUCAUCAACGUGAGCCCGGGCAAGACCAACGAGUCGAUCCAAGUGGAGGCCCUCCGUCCCGGCGAGGCCAUCCUUCGUGUGUUCACCAGCACCAAGAGCAUUCCUCUCGACGACUACGUCAAGUUCCACGUGGGCCAUGGCAUCACCCCUCCCGAGCCGGUGGUUCACAAGGGCGGCAGCAUCCAUUUCGACCUGACGAGCAAGCCCGAAGGCAGCGGCGGCGGCCUCUGGAGCUCCGAGGACGAGCGGGUCCUUAGCGUGCACCAUCAAUCGGGUGUGGCUACGGCCCGCAACGUCGGUAAGACGCACGUGUUCUACAACAGCACGGGAGUGCACACGUUCACCGAGGUCACGGUCGAGCAAGUGGGCAAGGUGGUGGUGAAGACCGAGGGCAGCCCCCAGGUGACCAACGUCAAGAACCCCGUGACCGGCGAGGUCGAGGAGUACCGGUUCGGCGUUACCUACUACACGGCCGGCAACAAGCAGCUCAAGUCGAACGUCCGCGUGAAGCACAACAUCUUCCUCUCGUGCAGCGUCGUCGAGACCGAGUGGGCCACCGCCUCCUCCGUGCAGGAUCUCGCCACCGGUCAAGAUUACUGCGUGAUCCACCCGCGCACCCCGGCCUCGCUCAAGAUCCGGUUCAUCGACAGCAUUCACUUGAUCGUGCGGGUCUCCGACGCCAAGCAGACGUACAACUUUACGCACACCGAGGCUAUCGAGUACCUGCCGGCCUUCAUCGUCGUCACGCCCACAACGAUCACAAUCCCCAUUGGCAGCAAGUCGGCGCGUCUCGAGGUGCGGACCAAGGCCAACAUCCACCUCCGCUCCAGCGACGAGCGCAUCAGCGCCAAGAGAAUCUCGACCGACCCGAACACCGACAAGAUGGUGUACGAGAUCAACGCCGAGGACACGCGCAAGGAGCUCCAAAACGUUGUGAUCACUCUCGACAACCCGUACACCGGACAGCAAGAGCAUGUGACGGUAAACUAUGGCGAGACGGCCCUGGCCACCACCAGCAAGCGGGAUACGGAACAGGCCGCGCACCGCUUCCCCUUCCUCCCCGAAGCAGUGGUCCUGCCGCUGCUGACCACCGGCGCCUUGACCGCCCUCGCCGGCCUCGUUUGGGUCGCGCUCUGGAUCGCUCGCCGCCUCCGACCUGCCCCGGACACCUACCCGGCCGUACCGACCAUGUCCGGCGCAUUCCAGACCCCGGGGCCUCGACCCCUGGGACAGCAGACCCCGGGACCGACGCCAGGGUCGGCGUAUCCUCAGACCCCGGGCGCAUACCUUCAGAGCCCCUUCCAGUCGCUCAGCCCGAGCUCCAGCUACACCCACAGCCUCAACUCGCCACUGAGGCCUGUGGCUCCUCGCCGACGAGCGGCUUUCUCGCCGGUCGACAGUCCUUUCCUGGACGGGCGCACGUAG